AUGUCUUCUAUAACGUUGAAAUCAUCGUUUUUCUUACCCUCUCAUUCUACUCCUUCAGCUUCGUUUUUCCUGCCCCUUUCGAUCCGAUUGCCUCGGAAAUUGAAUUAUAAAGGAAGGUUUUGUGUUAUCAGAGCUCACUCUUUUGACAAUUUAGAAAAUGAUGAUCAAAAGAACAAUAAAAGUAGUUCCCCCAAUGCCGGCGACUCUAAAAUCCCCAACGGCACUAUGCAUAAGAGCCGGAAGGAUAUCCUUUUGGAGUAUGUACAAAAUGUACAGCCGGAAUUUAUGGAAUUAUUCGUCAAAAGGGCUCCCCAGCAGGUAGUCGAUGCAAUGCGCCAAACAGUGACAAAUAUGAUUGGAACGCUACCUCCUCAAUUUUUUGCAGUAACAGUAACUACUGUUGCGGAAAAUCUUGCACAGCUCAUGUAUAGUGUCAUGAUGACCGGAUAUAUGUUUAGGAAUGUGCAACAUCGGUUGGAAUUGCAACAAAGCUUGGAACAGGUUGCUCUUCCUGAACCGCAAGAAAAAAAGGAUGCACAAGAUUAUGCUCCAGGUACACAGAAAAAAGUGACAGGUGAUGUUAUAAGGUGGAACAAUAUCUCGGGUCCUGAAAAAAUAGAUGCAGUCAAAUAUAUUGAGUUACUUGAAGCAGAGAUCGAUGAACUUAACAGCCAAGUAGCAAGAAAAACUGCUAAUGGGCACAAUGAACUGUUGGAAUAUCUAAAAUCUCUAGAGCCUCAAAAUCUGAAGGAGCUAACAAGUAGUGCAGGGGAAGAUGUUGUGCUGGCAAUGAACACAUUUAUAAAGCGCCUCUUGGCUGUUUCGGACCCUAGUCAAAUGAAGACUAGUGUGACUGAGACAAGUGCCCCGGAACUUGCCAAGCUGCUUUAUUGGCUUAUGAUGGUUGGUUAUAGUAUUAGGAACAUUGAAGUUCGCUUUGAUAUGGAAAGGGUACUCGGUGCAACACCAAAGCUAGCAGAGCUACCUCCAGGCGAGAACAUUUAG